AUGGCCUCUGUUCAGUGGACCCGUCUCAUUCGCUUCGUCCCCACCGGCGCCUCGGCUCCCAUCUACGGCGAGCCCAUCGGCUCGGACGCCGAGCUCGCCGACAUUGGCGCCGCUGCCGCCGCUGGCAAGCUCACCGCCCGUGUCAUCGACGUCGGUGCCGAUGGCCCCCUCUCGCCCGCUGCCAAGGUGACCGAGCAGGUUGCCACGGUUGGAACCCUCCUCGGCCCACUCCCUGUCGAGGCCGUCCCAGACGUCAAGUGCAUUGGCCUCAACUACCGCAAGCACAUUCUCGAGGCUGGUCGUUCCCUUCCCCCCUUCCCUUCCCUCUUCAUCAAGCCCGCCACCUCCAUCGCCGACUAUGGCGAGGCCGUCCCCAUCCCAAAGUGCGCACAGGAGGGCGAGGCCGACUACGAGGGCGAGCUGUGCGUCGUCAUCGGCCAGGACGUACGUGAUGUCUCUGUCGAGGACGCCCUCAAGUACGUGGCCGGCUACACGGCCGGCGACGACGUGAGCUCGCGCAAGUGGCAGCGUCUCAAGGAGCGUGCCGGCGGUGUGCCCCAGUGGUGCUUCUCCAAAGGCUUUGACAAGUUUGCGCCUCUCGGCCCAGUCAUUGUCGCGUCCGCACUCAUCCCCGACCCGUCCAAGCUCGACCUCAAGACCGUUGUCAACGGCGAGGUCCGCCAGGAGACCCCCGUGGCCGACCUGGUGUUCGACGUCCCCACCAUCAUCUCGUUCCUUUCCCAGGGCACCACCCUCCGCCGCGGCACCGUCAUCAUGUCGGGUACCCCCGGCGGCGUGGGCUGCGCUGGGCCCGAGGAGAAGUGGCGUCCCCUCAAGGACGGCGACAAUGUCGAGGUGUACGUCUCUCAGAUCGGUACCCUGAGGCAUUCGAUCCGUUACGAGUAG